GUUAAAAAUAUAAUUAGCUUACAAGAUACAAACAACCAAGCUAUAAUCGACCAAAAUACAAUCGACCAAGAUACAAUUGACCAAGAUACAAUCGACCAAGAUACAGUUGAUCAAGAUACAGUUGAUCAAGAUAUAGUUGAUCAAGAUAUAGAUAACCAAUAUAUGAUUGAUGAAAAUACAUUAGAAGUAACGGUAACUCAUUUGACUGAACUAAAGGUGACAGUUGUUAUUGAUACAAAAAAAACAUGUUCUCUGGCAGAAAAGUGGUUGACUUUUAAAGAUGAUGAAAUUAAUAAUUUUUACUUGUUUAAAUCAAGUUUAAAUAGCCAUAUACAAAAAUAUUUAGAUCUUCGAUUUAUAUAUAAUGAUGAUUAUGAAAUAACUUAUAAAGUUAAUGGUCAAGGGCAAGCUAUGUGCAUAAAUAAUAGAGAGGAUUUUUUAAGUUUUGUUGACAAAUAUAAAAAACCUGAUAAUUUGGCAAAAAUAAUGUAUCUUUAUACUAUCUUAAAAAAUCCAGAACAAUUUCAUAAAAGGAAAUCAGAAAAUACUAAUAAUGAUGAAAAAAAAAAAAAAUCAAAAACCAGUAAUAUACCUAAGGAAUCAGAUUUAAAUGAGGAUGAGUAUAAUCAAGCUCAAUUAAAUUCUUCUCGAUUAACAUUAUGGGCUCGUGAUAUA